AUGUCCUCCGCGCCGCUGCGCUCGCCCACCCCGCGGCCCCACAGGAUGAAGAAGGACGAGUCGUUCCUGGGCAAGCUCGGCGGCACGCUGGCGAGGAAGAAGAAGGCCAAGGAGGUGAGCGACCUGCAGGAAGAAGGCAGACAUGCCAUUAACUCGCCGAUGUCCCCCGCCUCGGCGGAUGUCCACCCUGAAGACACGCUGUUAGAGGAGAACGAGGAGCGUAUGAUGAUCGACCCCACCUCCAAGGAUGACCCCAAGUUCAAGGAGCUGGUCAAGGUUCUCAUUGACUGGAUCAACGACGUCCUGGUGGAGGAGAGAAUCAUCGUGAAGCAGCUGGAGGAGGACCUUUACGACGGGCAGGUGCUCCAGAAGCUCUUGGAGAAGCUGGCGGGCUGCAAGCUGAACGUGGCUGAGGUGACGCAAUCUGAGAUCGGGCAGAAGCAGAAGCUGCGGACGGUGCUUGAAGCCGUGCACGGCCUGCUGCGGCCCCACGGCCGGGCGCUCCAGUGGACCGUUGACUCAAUCCACGGGAAGAACCUGGUGGCCAUCCUGCACCUGCUCGUGGCCCUGGCCAUGCACUUCCGCGCCCCGAUCCGCCUCCCCGAGCACGUGUCCGUGCAAGUGGUGGUCGUGCGGAAGCGAGAAGGCCUGCUGCACUCCAGCCACGUCACGGAGGAGCUGACCACGACAACGGAGAUGAUGAUGGGUCGCUUCGAGCGGGACGCCUUCGACACCCUCUUUGACCACGCCCCGGACAAGCUCAGCGUGGUGAAGAAGUCUCUCAUCACGUUUGUGAACAAGCACUUGAACAAGCUGAACUUGGAGGUGACGGAACUGGAGACCCAGUUUGCAGAUGGCGUCUACCUGGUUCUGCUCAUGGGCCUUCUGGAGGACUACUUCGUCCCCCUGCACAACUUCUACCUGACGCCAGACAGCUUCGACCAGAAGGUCCACAACGUGGCGUUUGCCUUUGAGCUGAUGCUGGACGGAGGACUCAAGACCCCCAAGGCUCGCCCUGAAGAUGUGGUGAACCUGGAUCUCAAGUCCACGCUAAGGGUCCUGUACAACCUGUUCACCAAGUACAAGGACCUAGAGUGAGAGCGGCGAGCAGAGGGGAUUCCUCAGGGCAGGGAGGCCGGCC